CCCACGAAACGAUGCCUCCAAAACUCAAGUCCAUGCUAGAUUAUCCGAAUGCGCGAAAGGUUACACUAUCUAAUGUCUCCGAAUAUUGUUCUCUGGCUGCCUUUCGCGACCAAAUCUGGGGACAACCACUUAACAAUGUAUUGAAGAGUUUCAAGGUCAUACGCGAUGACCCACCAGAACCGGAUAUUGUCACACCCGACGAAAUUCUGGCCAUAACUUGGGAUAUCGAUGGCGAUAUCCCAAUGUUCUUGUCAGAGAUCUUUGGGGCGCGAGCAUGCUUCAUACGGGACGAGUAUCCGAAAAUGUUGUACGAAAUCAUGAAGUUCAUCAACCGUCACGGUGGCGGCUUUGCUGGUUACCGGGUUCCUGCAGAUCCUAAGAGCAUGUAUAGUGAACCUAAACCGACUUUACCAGAAAAUCCCUUCGAAGGCAUCGCAAUUCGAGCGAAUCCGGGUUGCCGCGUGGCAGGUGCAACCGUCAUGGGAACACCAGGGAUCGGAAAAUCGUUCUUCUUGCUAUACGUGCUCGCACUUCGACUUUCGGCUGGUCUGACCACUGUUGUUGACUGGAACCAGGAUGGAUUUCUCGUCUUCAGUGAGGAGGGCACGUUCGCGGCCCAACUUCUCAAUGGGUUUGGGAUCGACGACUCUACUUCCAAUUACCUCCCGCCAGGAACGUGGUUCCUGUGUGAUAGUAACACGAAUUUACAUGAUGCGGAGACGAAAUACGCUCAGAUGUGCAGUGGGACCGGACGAUUCGUACUUCAGGCGGCAUCACCUCGAGAGGAACGGUUGCAAUGGUCGAAAAAAGUAAAUGUUCAUACACGGUUGUACAUGAAGAACUGGAGAUUACCAGAGGCUGUCGCGGCACGGUGUCUCCAGGCAUGCUUGCCACAAAGUGAGGUGCACCUGAAAUCGUUUUGGAGAACUUACAUGCCAGCCGCUCGAUACGCGUAUGGCCAUGCGCACGAUACUAGCGCAUACGCAGCCUUAAUGGCAGAAAGGAUGGCAGAGUGUUCGAGGGAAGGGGUUGCGACGGCACUUGCGGAAUCGGGCGUAGGAUACCUCAAAGAUGGUAUUUCCCAUCAGAUUCUUAUCAUUGAACCCGACGAUUUCGACCGAACGAAGUACGGUUUCUCGAUACCUACCGACACUAUCCUAAACGACUUAAUCGAGCAUCUUACGAUACAUGACCAGCAGGCGAGUCUCAGUCUUUAUCGCGUCUUUUUAUCACACAGUGGCUCUCGCACCAUGGCUGGCAAAAUUCUUGAAAAGGGAGUCAUCGAAACAUUUCCGCGGGGCGGUCAGUGGCGUGCUACUUUGAUGACUAUGAAGAGGUUGAAAGUGCCGAAGGAUAAAGGGUUGAAGGGUAUUGGGGACCAAUCAUCAAACGGCUUGGGCCCCCGUCCCCUACUCCCCCAACUCAGUCGGAAGAGGAAGGCUCGGGAACCCAUAGACGACGAACGCACAGCUCCACCGCCGCCCGGCAAAAUUGGGAGAGUCAAGUGGGAUCCGAUCGCAAUGACAACUUACAUGAGCAUCGGCCGACAGGGCACUAUAUUCUCUCUCGAUAAUUUCCCUGCUCGCGAAGACGAGAAAUACCAACCACAGCCCGAAUACCUGAUGGCCUUUCUACCAUCGAGGGAUGAAUUGCUUUCGAGCUAUCCGGUUGAUUCGCGACAUGAAGUUCCGAACGGAUUGGCAAACGGAAUCUACAUCCCAAAGGCCUUGAAUUUCCCAACCUGUGACUUGUUCUUAAUCGAUAACCCGCAAAAUCGCGCAAUCCUUUUCCAGGUCACUGUAGGCAAGUCACACGAUGUCAAUCCCAAAUUCCUCGAUUACCUCAAAGGACUCGGUUUCCAACAUCUUAUCUAUGUUUUGGUGACCAGUAAGGAUGGCGGCUAUGAGUUGGUGAUGACUGAGGACACGCGUUCGAAGAUUACCUCUUUCUAUCGCGUUGAACUUUGAUACAGGUUCGAGGACAUGAAUUAAUUUAUUUUAAUUAUCUUCAUUUGCGGUUUUGUAAGUGGUGUUCUUUCUUCUUUUACUUUGGAUUUUGCUCUGUACUAGAUGUACUUCAAACAUUUUUUGGUUCGUUUGUGGUUCGUUUUUUUUAAAUUUUUGUUCAUUUCAAUGUGUUCCCGUUUGUACCAGAUGGAAUCCUCUAAACUUGUUGUGAACCUGUUCUUUCAUCCAUGCAGCUGUUCUGUUAUGCCUCUACUUUAUUGCAGCGUCAUUUUGUG